UCGCAAUUCAAUAAUUGAAUUGUUUGUAACAUAUUGAUAAUUCAUGAACGACCGUUGCUUUGAUUUGAUCAGUCCGUUGAAAAAUACAAUUUGUGAUAGUGUAUGUGAUAUCAAAAUACGUUAAAAAUGAAGUCUGCUAAAUCGAAACAAAGGUUGAACGACAUGCGAACGCCGGCUAGGAGUAAACAAAACCUAAUCGGUGAGCGAGAUCCCGUUCAAGUGUAUUGCCGACUGCGGCCUAUGCAGAGAGACUCGGAUUCACCAUGUAUGAAGAUAAUUUCGCCAACCACGGUGCUUCUGACGCCCCCAGCAACUGCUCUAAGCUACAGAAACGAGAAUGCGAAGACUAUGAAGUACACAUUCAAAGAGGUAUUCCCGCCAGAAACGAAUCAACAAGAAGUGUUCGAUAAAGUCGCCUUACCGAUCGUCGAAGGCCUAAUCAAAGGUAAAAAUGGCUUAUUAUUUACUUACGGAGUCACAGGCAGUGGCAAAACGUUCACAAUGACCGGUGAGCCACAAAAUUGUGGUAUUUUACCGAGAUGUUUGAAUAUAAUUUUCAAAACCAUAAACGACUUUCAAGCUCACAAAUAUAUCUUCAAACCUGAUAAAAUGAACAUGUUCGAUAUUCAAACUGAGGCGGAGGCCAUGUUGGAACGGCAACAGGAGCUCCAUAAGUUCAAAAGUGGAAGGAAGAACAAUUCAAAUCCUGACCUCGCCAUGUCCUCGUCUGACGUCACCAAGAUCGAAGGCAUCAAUGAAGACAACCAGUACGCAGUGUUUGUGACCUAUGUAGAGAUAUACAACAACAGUGUCUUCGAUUUACUUGAAGACGGGCCUCCCAUAAGUAAGAAUUUACCCGUAAAAAUCAUCCGUGAAGAUGCAGCUCACAAUAUGUAUGUUCACGGAGUGACUGAAGUAGAAAUAAAGUCUGCAGAGGAAGCUUUCGAAGCUUUCUACCUCGGUUUGAAGAGAAAACGUAUGGCGCACACAUCUUUGAACGCAGAAUCUAGUAGAAGCCAUUCCGUCUUCACUAUCAGACUGGUGCAGGCACCGGUAGAUGAGAUGGGAGAGGCUGUGAUUCAAAAUAAGAAGUUCCUGAACAUCAGUCAGCUGAGUUUAGUUGAUUUGGCUGGCAGUGAACGCACAAACCGCACUAAGAACACAGGCCAACGUCUCCGAGAAGCUGGCAACAUCAAUAAAUCUCUCAUGACUCUACGAACAUGUCUAGAGGCAUUGAGAGAGAACCAGAUCAGCGGUACCAACAAUAUGGUGCCUUACAGAGAGUCGAAGAUCACACAUUUAUUCAAGAACUUCUUUGAAGGAGAAGGCCAGGUGCGCAUGGUUGUCUGUGCUAACCCUAGAGCUGAAGAUUACGAUGAGACUCUCCAAGUCAUGAGGUUCGCUGAAAUGGCUGCAGAAGUUGAAGUGGCUAAGCCUCAAAUUAUCGAUGUGGCUGCAAACAUUGGCCUCGCUACGGGCCGUCGUAAGGCCAACAGGCUAUUCACUACAGCCCGAGACAAUUUAUCCAGGCCAGAAGCUAAAGAAUUGGAGAUGGACUUGGGUCUGGUCUACAGUCUUGGACCAGACUUCCCAAGUAUAGAAUUGAACAGUUCUCAAGCUGCUCACAUCAUCAAGGAACUGAUGGCACAUUUGGAAAUGAGGAUCAGUCGGCGCGAGGCUUUGAAACGCAGCAAAGCUAUCAAAGACGAGAGGCUUAGGUCUGCUCUUUUGGACCUUGAAAAGGACUCGCUAGAGGUCAGAAGCGAGAAUGCAUCUUUGAGAGGUCAGUUAGCUGCAGCAGAACGCAGGGUCAGAGCUCUAGAAGAACGCUUGACCGCCACUGAGAAUGCGUCCCUCACUCAUCAGCGCAAACUCUCAGAGAUGACAGAAUACACAUCCUCUUUAAAGAGGGAGCUGCAAGAGAAAGAACUACUGCUCAGCCAAAACAAAUUCGACAAAGAAAAACAGAAGAAGAUUCUAGAAAGGAAAUACAACCACAAAAUCGCAGCGGAACAUGAGAAAGCGAAAGAAAUACAUUCUGAGAAGGAAAGAUUGAAGAAUGCUAUAGAAGAGAAAGAGAAUAGACUUAGAAUAAUAGCUGAAGCUCUGAAUCGAGGUGAUUGUGAUGGAUUUAAUAAGAUUACCGGAGAAAUGGGUGCGCAGACAAGCAACAGAGAUUUCACUCCGGGUUCCACUCCUAGAGCAUUACCAGCGCAUUUGUUGACUCCGUUCAGUUCUGUACCUCAAACUCAGAUACAAAGAGACACGCCAGCUUCAUCUCGUCGUGGGGUAGCCAUAGCCAACCCUCGUCAUCGCAGAUCCUUGUCCGCAGACGGCCGAGGAUGGGUAGAACACGCACCAAACAAAAUAGUCCCCAUGGGCACUGUUAUGAAGCCCAGUAUCAUAAAUAGUAAAGUUGUGAACAAACUGACCAGUGUGAAAGACAUAGCCAACUCUAGGACGUCUAAAUACUGCCUUAUAUCGCAAGAACAGGAUACAGAUGGUGAAUUGGAGACGAAAUUGUAUAAAGGAGAUGUGGUGCCGACCUGUGGAGGUGGUGCCCAAGUGAUCUUCAAUGAUGUUGAGAUGUUAAAACAGUUUUCUCCUACUAGAGAAUCCUCUCACUCCAACCGUGUUUCUGGGACGUCUUGUGCAAGGCAUUCAGGCAAGCGUAGGGAUACCACCCACUCUCCGCCCCAAACACCAUCGAAUACAAGCAAAAAGCAAAGGAUUGAUGAUGAUUGAUCAUCAGUAAAUGGUAAGAAUCUUUGAAUAAUUAUCUUUUUUCUCAUCUUUUUGAUGUUUAGGAUCCUGGUAUUUGCAAAUGUGAUCCGUUAAUUUAAAAGUUCAGUUGUAAUGAUUUGUUUAACAUAGAUUGUGUGAGAUAGUCUAAAUAAUUUUGUUGUUAUUAAGUACUGAUUGAAGAUAGACUAAUUUUUCUAUUACUUAGAUGAUUUUUGUCAAUUUAAUUUGGUAUUUAAAGAUUCUUAAUUGAUAUUUUUGGUGUAUUUUUUUAAUGAUUUUGAUUGUUAAUGCGUAUUUAGAAAGCAGCUAUAAUAUUUGGCAGUGUUAGGGGAAAUUGAUAAAAUUGUAUUUAAAAAUACCAUUAAUAUUAAUUAUUAUGUUAUCGACUUACUCACGUAACUGUUUGACGAAGAACUCGACUAGUUUCAAGCCAUACUAGAGGCUCAUAUUCAUGAGCAGUAUUCCGCGACACACGACGCGGCGAUUGUCGCGCUGCUACUGCCUCUAGCAUGGCUUGAAACUAGUCGAGUUCCUCGUCAAAAAGUUACGUGAGUAAGCCGAUAACAUAAUAAUUAAUUUAGUAUGUCUCACGAAAUCUAUAAUAAAAUUACCAUUAAUAUUAUCUAGUUUAUUAUCUAAUAUAUUACUAAAACACUAACUUAAGUUGUUAAGACUUCUAAUAAUAAUAAUAUAUAUAGUAGAUAUGUUUAUUGAAUAAAUAAUGUAAGUUUUGGUUUACUUAAUUAAUAUUCAAUUAACUAAUUAUAAUUUUGAUUAAACUGCCUUAUUGGUCGAGUGGUCGCAAGUGCGACUGCCGGACAAGGGGUUUCGGGUUUGAUUCCCGGGUCGGGUUAAGUAUAGCUGGGCUUUUUCGAAAUUUUCUCAGUAGUAGCACGGAGUGGAAUUGUAUCCAGUAUAUGGCAAUAGGCUCACUCCCUAUUACAUGGACCCAUAACACAAAUGUUAAAAAAUAGGUGUACAUUGUAAAGCGGCAUUACUGCCGUAACGUGCAUCUCUGCCUACCCCUUCAGGGAUAAAAGGCAUGACGUUGUUGUAUAAUUUUGUUUUAUUUCUUAAAGAAAUGGUCACAUACAAAAGUUUUUAGCCUCCCUAGUACCUAUAUCUAUAUACAUAAUUACAUAAGCUCCUAAUAUAUAACUUCACUUUCAAAUAAGUAGGUUAAAUACAUUUAUUCAACUAAUAUUAUAGAUAUACCUCUUCACCCACGCUUAGAUAAAACCAUGUGAUUUUUUAAUCAUAAGUAUUGAAGACAUUUUGAAACUGUGAUCCAUAGAAAAUUGCUCAUUUUACAUUAAAAAAAUAUGUUAUCCUUGCACAUUUAGGUACUUAUGUCUGUCUGAAAAAUCCUUUGAUGUUAUGUUAUGCUUAGUGCAAAAUUUUGAAAAUAUUUAAUACAAUUCAUUCUAUUUGGACAUGUAAUACUGAUAAAUAUUUUUCCUAAAUAAUUGUUUCAUUGACAAAUUUAUGAUGUAGUAGCUUAAUAAUUAAUAAAAAACAAUUUAAAUUGUUAGUAUAUGAAAUGUAAUGAUUUUCCAUUGAUUAUGUUCAAGUAUAAGGCUCAGGGGUGUUUCUUCAAAAAAACUUUAACUUUUAUUUAACAAUUCAUUAUUCUGCCGCGAUAUUAAGCAUCAUGGUAGCUUAUUGUCAUCCUUAUUUUUAUUGGAUUGGUUGAGAGCAGUGUCACAGCUUAAUUUAUUGAAACCAAAUUUUGUUUCAAUCGGCAGAAUUGUUAACUUUUGGUUGAGGAUAAUACCGUCGUUAACUUUUUGUGAUUUUUUGUUUUGAGGAUCACCCUCCUACUAAUACAGAUACCAUUAAAUUAAUUUCUUUAUUAUUCUUUUUGUUAAAAGAAAAACUGAUUAUGUGAAUGAAAAAUUUGUAUUUUGAAAAUUUAAUUUUUGUUUUUUUACUAGUAAGUAUUUGUUUACAGUACAUAAUAUUAUGUUUUGUAUUGAAAUUUUGUAAGUACAUACCUACCUAUCUUUAAGUUGUAAUAUAGAUCUGAUUGUGACGUAUUUACUUCAUUUAUUUAUACCUAGUAGAGACUUUAACUCUUGAAUCUUAAUGUUCGGCUUAAGGCGACAGAAUACUUGAUCAUUAUAAAGUAGUUACCUAACCAUUAUCAUCAGUCCGUGUCAGCCCGUGACAGUCUACUGCUGGACUAUGAGCCUCUUCUACAUAAGAGGGUUUGCCACAAUCUCUGGGUUGGAGAUAGCGAUUUAAAAGGUUCAGGUUUAUCAGAGAACGCUGCUGCUAUAACUAUAGUCGCUUAUCGACUCAAUAUUACAUGUAUCAGUAGAGAAAAAAGGAAUUAUGUUUACUAUAUAAAGUUUGAUUUAUAAAUAAAUGAAGUAAAUAUGUUGUAUAGAAACUGUGGUAUUGAAUUAAGUGGUUUAAUAUGUAAAAAUUUCGUAAGUGCGAUAGAUGAGCACUGUUUCUAGCUAGAUUACAGGUCGCGUAACGACAUUAUUGGUUUUUAAAAAUAGAUUUUUGCAAGGAGUAGGUAGUGCAUAUAAAUUACCUAACAUGCUUUGGUUGCUAAGCGUUUUUAGUGAAUGCGCGAAGCAUUGCAACAAAAAGUCGUCUUAGGCGACGGUCCAUAAACUAAUCUAGUAUUGUAAUAUCAAAGAAACUGUCAUUUCAAUAUCACUACAUAGUAUAAAACAAAGUCGCUUUCUCUGUCCCUAUGUAUACUUAAAUUUUUAAAACUACCUACGUAACGGAUUUUGAUGCGGUUUUUUUGAUAGAUAGGGUGAUUCAAGAGGAAGGUUUAUAUGUAUAAUACAUGCAUAAUAUAUCACCAUUGCACCCAUGCGAAGCUGGGACGGGUCGCUAGCUAAACAUAUAACCAACCGACUUUUUAAUUAGAAAAAAACGAAAGAAGAGAGCUCUCUCAAUGCGUUAAACACGUUUAACUGCACUUUUUUUAUAAGGUGUUAAAUGGGACCAAUUAAUGAAGUAAAUGACUCGACAUUUUUUUUUACAACUCAAGUAAUUAAAACUGUUUAAAAAGAGGAAAUCGGUAAUGUCUAUAUAGGGGUGAUCUUUCCUGUGGGGUCGUGCGGGUAAAUCUGACCUGCAUUGAACUUGUUCAAUUAAUUCAUUUAAGCAUUGUUUUGACUCACAUAAUAACUUGUAAUUUUCAUUUUGAAAUUUAUGUUCUAACGUUGCUAUUAGAGAUAUAACGAAUAUACGCAUUCGCAUUCGCGAAUAUACGCACCAUUUUUUAUUUUCAAACUGGUAUCAAUGAUUGAUGAUUUAUUUUACUAUGCUCGGAAGUCUCAAAGCCAAAGCAUUUAUUUCAAUACGCUACUUUCCUACUAGUCAAAUUCAAUACUUUUAUCGAAACGUCAAUAACGAUAUUUUUUUUCUAUGAAAUUUGUAUGAAAUAGUGCGUUGUGACGUCAUUAGAUUUUUAAGUCAAAUAGCAGACUUAUUUCUAGAAAUUUAGCUAGAAAAAAUCGAAAAUUAAAUAGUUCAUCAAAUUUAUGAAUGAGAGUGUGAUUAUUUUUUAAUAUUUUAUUGUAUUGAAAAGUUGUAAUAAUUUAUUUUUGACCGAGGAUAGUACCCAAUUAAUCUUAAAUUAGGCACUUUUGAAAGGUCAAAUUGAAUUGUCCAUCAGUUUGUCUGUCAGUGAAUUUAGGCGCUGGUUCCAAAGUGUAGCUUCGGUAGUUUCUGUAAUAUGACAUUAGUCAAUGUCUCUAAAAUAUGGCAUUCGUUAGAUCACGAUUGUAGCUAUUAUAAUUUUGGUGUAAAUUGAAGAGAAAUGUCGUUAAUUUCCUUUUUUAUUGUAUCUUUAUAAAGGAAAUGCUAUUAUGGGCGUUGUAAGUUUAUCAGUAUGAGUUAAUUUGUUUUAUUAUGACUAAUAUGGGUUUACCACAUAAUGUUAUAACAAACAUAUCAGGUAGUUUCCUCAGUCAAAAAUAUUUUUUUUACAUUUUUCAAUAGAAUAAAUAAAAAAAUAAUCACACUUUCAUUUUUAGAUUUGAUGUUCUAGUUUUCGAAUUUUUUAGCUAAUUUUCUGUAAUAAAUCUGCUAUUUGGCGUAAAAAUCUAAUUACGUCACAACGCACUAUUUCAUAUAGAAAAUAUAGUUUUUAAAGUAUUGAUUUUUGACUAGUGUGAAACUAGCCUAUUGCAAGGGGCUUUGAUGAAUGUGAAAAAUGCACUUUUCGCAUUUAAUGCUUCACCUAAAACCGUAACUAAAACAUCUAUUACUUGAAUCUGGUACAAAAUUACCACUCAAUUCAACCUCUUACUACCUAAAAUCCAAAGAGAAAGCUCAAUUAAUAACGUCCCUACAAAAUUGUAUCACAUGAUUCUCUUAAACAAAUUCACUUAACUAUUUUGUAGCGUCAUUGUGAUCCUACCAUUUGUAGACACUACACAUCAAGUAAAACUAAACCAGUGUAAAUUGACCGUCGAAUGUGUGAAAGGGUCAUAGAAAGCGAGACCAAAAUAAACUGGUUUUGUAUAGUUUCAUGUAUAGACUAUUAUAAUCGUCCCACACAAGAACCACUUAAUUCAAUUAUAACUACAGUUUUGCGUGUAAUGUACUUAAUUCAAUAAUACGAGGAUAUGGGUUAUAUUUAAACUUUGGUUUAAUUAUUAUGUCUAUUGGCGGCCAUAUUGCGUUCGUUGUCAGUUCUUUCCCGCCUUGUUUUUGGCGCGGAAUUGUAUUAAAAAUAGUUUUUUCAAUUGA